GUGCAAACACUUGAGGGUGCACUCGCUCAUUCGAGACGGCGAUAAUGAUUUCAAUGAGUUCCAACACAAAGGUGCCCACGAGCUUUUUGUAACGGAGGCGACGUUCGUGAUGGCAUACCGCGUGAUUCGGAAUGGAGUUGAGAAGACGAUCAUAAUGCGACUUCCCCAGCCGACACGUCUCCAGGCCAUCAACAGCACGAAGGCAGAGUGCAUCGUCCAAGCAUUGCGUCAUCUCAACUUGCCUUGCGACGGAGCAGUGGACACAAGUUUUAUGAGGGUGAUCAACGCGUUCGUGCGCGACGGCUUCUCUGGGAACUUGCGGGCUGAGCGUUUCUUGUUGAACGAGGCCUCUGGGAGGACAGGUCUCGGUCUGCUCUGCGACGCCCACAGGAAAGCCACUGUGUCGACACUGUCAUUCAGCACAAUCAAACCAUUGGACACACAAUUGAUCAGAUUUGCCCUCACUUUGCAGGGUGGUGCGAUGUGCGAUUUUCGCAAGGAGAUGCGGCAGCUACUGAAGGAGCAGCUCGUAGUUAUCAAGUCUGGGCUUUGCAGCCGCGAGGCAUCAUUACACAGGGAACGUGCGUGCGACUUGUUUGUACCAGGUGCAUCGCCGAGUGACAAGUAUCGUCGUGAGUUGAUCGGGAAGUUGUUCAAUGGAGACAUCCGCCGCCGUGGGCGGGUCGAACACUAUUGCAAUGGGUGUUGCUCGUCCUUCAAAGAAACGCUGAGGCUCAUGCGCGGCGAGGGUAUGCAAGCCCUGUGCGGGGCAGGCGUGCCAGUGUUGCAGAGGUCCAAUUGGACUGGCACGAGCGCCUGCAUCAACUCCAUCGGCCUGAUCUCUCACGUCCACGGGCUCGCGCAGCAGGCUUGGAUGCGAUCCGUGCCAGGAAGGGACUAUAAGCCACGACGGGGUUGCCAGGCCCAAACGGCGAGAGCGACAGGCGACGUCCAAGGCGGUCCAGGCAACCCAGGCACCGCUGGAGCAGAUGCUGCGGACGAUGACUUGCAGCAGGCCGGAGAGGGCGGCGACGUUUCUGUCUGGCGCCAGGACGCCGAAGACAGGGUCAAGGACACCAAGAGUUGGAUUUUCGGCGGCACGUUCGAGGACGACUUGAUCAUUGCUCGCGUCCAGUACGGCCCCACUGAGAAGCUGAUGCUGAAGCAGUUGGCAGUGUCGGGUAUAGAGUGGGAACGGAAACAGCAGGUGAAGUUUCUCCGCGAGGGCGCCCGCACGUACCAGCUGUGGGAGGCCAACCGUGGCCAGCCAGAGACCGAUGUUAAACACGAGGUCACGGACUUGAUGUGUAGCCCAGAUGGUUGGAGCACCCUGAAGGACCAGACGGAGCUCCAGGGGAUGAAGCUGUACAUACUCUUGGCUCGUAUGGCUGCUGCAACGUACGAGCUAGUCGAAGUUCCUCAUCGCUGGUGGCCCUACAAGACUUUCGCGUCAUUCUAUGAUGAUGGGGUUCUUGCGGAUUUGAAGAAUGCUUCGCAGUCCACGUGUUGCCUGGACCAGUUCACGGCGGACUACGUCGACUACUACGGCAACUCUGUUGGGGGCUCUUGCGCGAGGGCUGAGCUCAUGGCGCUGCUGAGCGUGAUGGAGUCCGACACGGGGUCGACGGAGAGAGAGCACUCCACGAAUGAGAGGCGCAACAAGUUUCGCGUCCAGACCCACGAGAAGCACUUGGACGAGCUCUCAUCAUGGUUUACAUGUCGCAGGUGUUCCACGGACCGUAGAGAUGCGGGUUGCAACUUGGUUCAGCGCAAACGCCCACGCGGCGACGACACUGCUGAGCAGGCAGGCCCUGGGCAGAAGCCGUCCGUGAGGAGGUAUUCUUGGACGUGGAGGGCGUUCCUUCAUGUGGAGUUGAAGGGGCGCUUCAUGACGGCAGAGACCGCUGCCGAGAUGAGCAAGGCGUAUCGCGCUCUGUCGGCCGAGGAGAGAUCCUUCUAUGAGGAGUUGGGAGAGCUCGCGGCGUACCAGAGGGCCGCAGGGCAGCCGAGCUUUCCAAAGUACAGGAAGCCUCGGUCGGGCAAAGAAGGCCAGGGUGGUGGAAGCGCGCGCCAGCCGCUUCCGCUCGAGGACAACAUUGGGCAACCUGGAAGCCAUGGCUCCGAUCAAGACGGCACCAUUGCAGACGGGCCUGGACCCCCUGCCCACAUCGACGGUGAGGAGGCAUAUCGCCCGUACGGUCGCAUCUUGAUGGAGGCGCAGUUGGUUCUCAGCCGCGAGCGUGCUCGGGUUGCCGCUGAGGACCGUGAGGAACGAGCCAAGGUGGAAGAGCUGCGGCAUAAUUCGACGAGAAUCGUUGAUGGAGAGGCGCAGUCGUGGCAGCUCGUCGGCGGGUCUUCCUCGACCUCGGAGAUGGCUGUGCCUCGAGAUGAACUUACAGCUGAGCCGUCCCCAAUGAUCGUGAUGACGUGGAACCGUUCUGCGGAGACGGUUCGAACAGCUGCCCUUCAGCAUUUGGUCAAGACCACGCAGAAGGCGAACGGGGAGCGGUGGCAUUCGAUGCAUCACUACAUUCGUUACGAGGACGCCCCUAAGCUUGGCAAGGUUCCCACGAAUCGGCGACGCUGUUGGGAAGCCCAGAUAUGCAUCUGCAAGGGCGGAGGGCUGUUCUUUGAUGGCCUGAUGAGCAAGUUAUUGAUGUCCCUCCGCAUUCUUUCUCGAAUGAAUGAGAAGUUCCACCCCCUACUGAAGAGUGGCCACUUGGUUGCGCGCUUCGAGUGCGUCAAUCCUGGACCCGCUGAUCCUGCCCAUCCUGGCGGCGAUCCGUUGCCAGAUGAGGUCUCGGAAGUUUGGCUACACGUGGCUAUGUUCUACGACAGGCCGAUCAGACCGACGUACAUCGUGAUGGGCAGGGAGCCCGACCGAGAUGAAGCAGGCACCUUGGGCGUGGCUCCGUAUUGCGGCCCACACGACGAGGACCUCUACCCCGCUACGCAGUGGGAAGGUUUUCAAUACAUGGACGUCCGACCGGCCACGAGGCGAAGCGGGCCCCUGCUGCUGGGGACCGCGCGCCAGGAGGAGCUCGCGGAGCUCGUGGGCGGGGUCGCGCUGCCCGCGGCGCUGAGGCGCCAGGGCGAGGAGCCGCAGCCAGAGGCGGGUGCAUCGUCGGACCCGGGCCUGAGCCUGAGGCGCUGGUUCAGCGACGCCGAGCUGGACCCUGGCGAGGACUCCGACUUGUUAGAGCCCGUCGACGUAGUCGAGUCGGAUGCGUCGAGCGUCCACGGGGGGUCCGACUCCGACCACGGGUCCAUCUGCGAGGCCGACCUCGAGAAGGCGCUGCAGGAGAUGGAGGGCGAGGCCCAGCAUUACGAGCCUGCUGUUGAUCCUGGGCUUCCUGGCGCCGAGCCUGCUGUCGAUCCCGUGCCUCUCCCAGCGGCCUCGGACGGCGACUUGGUUGUUUUCGAGCUCGAGGGGGUGCUGCAGGUCCACAAGGCUGGCGUCAGGAGCCCUCCGCAGUAUGUUGUCAGAGUUUUCGGUUAUGGGUCAGAAGGUUUGUUGCGAUAUUAUCCCAAGAAGGGUCAGAUUGUGGCUGAAUGUAAAAGGCACAAGGGUUGUUUCAAAACGAAGACUGUGAAACCAAGCGAGGUGGCCGCUUUCAUGGGCCAGGGCAGGUGCGUCGGCUUCCUUUUGGCAUGGUUGGUCUUUGCCGCCCUCCGUCACGAGAAGCAGUUUGAUCACGUGUACUGCCCAGGCCCGACCAUCGGCGAGCGAUUGCAGUGCCGCAGGCGGGCUCGGCUGUUCAUGCAGGUGCCCGAGGUUGCGGGCAUGUUCGAGGUCGAGGCGCCGAGGUACGCAGGAGAUACGGAUGAGCCCCAGAGGGUACCUUAG